CUGACAAAAUGAACCUGGCUAAUUUUUUAGGCCUUUUGUUUACUACUGUGCAUUGUGGGGACAUUGUCCAUUUUAAACUGGCUCUAAGCAGAACAGUUUAAUCAUUACAGUCAUAAAAAUAGGAGAUGCACUUAGUCUCCAGUGGCAGUUCUUUUCUUACUGCAGAACUGAGGGCAUGAUGCUCCUGCCUGAAGAAACAGGGACAGAAUCCAGGAGAGUAAGGACUAUUUUUCUCUUCUCCCUUGUGAGUAGCAAUCUUCUUUUGAGGCAUUCAGUUUAGAACUAGAUGUCAGUCCCGGACUAGAAGUUAACAAGAGCUUGUGUUUAAAUCAAAAAGAGGAACUUCAUAUUUUCAGUUCCAUUCUUAUGUUCUGGCUAGAGCUAACUGCUCUCUGUGUCUGUAGGAUGCCACUGAGGAGCAAAGGACCGAGCAGACACAGUGUAUUUGGCUUGCAGCUUUAGAGAAAACCAUCUUCAGAAAACAGAUAAGACUUCAAAGAAAAAAUCUAUUCCUAUUCUCUCUAAUCUCCAAAAUAAUGAUUCUGAGGUUGGAAGCUGGCAGGAAGCAUUAUGGGGGAAAUAGGGGAGGAAGAAGGCAGCUCUUAGGAGUGUUAGGAGGAGAAAGACAAGGCCUUAUGUUUUCCUGGGUUUUCAGCUGCAGAUCAGAACUCACCCAGCAGUCAGAGGUUUCUAAAAGAGUAAGAUGUACACUUGCACCUGUGUGUUUGUGUACCUACACGCACACACACUAUGGAGAGGAGAUAGCUGAGACUUGGCAGGUUACAAGGAAGGCUGGAACCCCAGGCUGUUUAGUUCUGUGGAAAAAGGAAAUUCUCAACAUCCACCUCUCCUAGCAACUUUUAGUACUGCUUGUCUUUCUUCCAGCAUGUUAAAGGUUUCCAGGCAAACAUGGAACUCCAGAGCUGGUGACAUUCCUCCCCAUAGCUGCAACCCCCUCUAAAUACACCACUAAUUACCUUUGAAACUUUAGUGGCUUUGGGCACAAAUCUUCCGUGAAGAUACAGCCCAACAAGCUGGUAAGGCCAGUUUGAGCAAACAAGGAACAAAUGUGUGUUUGUGUUCAAAACAUGCAGGUACUGCCCAAGCACUGUGUGGGCUACCAGAGGAACAGGAGCCAGCAGCCCUUUCAGCCCCUGCCCAGCAGCCCCUUCCCUUCCCAAGGUCCUUUCCCUGCCUCAAAGCCCUUGGCCAGGGAGGAAGAUGAAGGGCAGAGGCAGGUCCAGCUCUCCUGAGCAUUUCCUGCCUGCUUGCACCAAUUUCAGCCCUGAGGGAACCUCCCAUACCUGCAGGACCAGGCCAGGCUCUGUCAAGCUCCCAAAGGGCCUCUCCUGCCAGGGCCUCAGCUUCUGCUCCCAGGGUCAACACACGUCCUACCAACAGGUUUCAGGGUGAACUCCAGCCUCUGACGAACCUUGGAAGAUGCAGGCAGUACAGUCUAAAAAAAAAUGGGUAAAGGAAAGCAAAGCAGCAGCAUUUCUCUGAAACAAGCCUGGUAAUUUUUUAGCUAAGAACCUAGAUUUAGCAGUUGAAUUUAAUCCCUUUGUCCUUAAAUGACAGAUCUGUUCCUAUACAGAAGUAAUUCCAGGCCAACUAAUAGUAGGAAGCAUUUGCUGUCCCACCUCCCAUAGCCCCAGCAGAGCCAGGACAGUCAGAGAUGCCCCAUGAGCCCAGAGGCCUCUGUGCUGUGCACGGGACAGGGACAGUUAGUCCAAAUUGUAAAACUGGUUAUCUGUCUUUCCAUAAAUCAGAGACCAGAGCUUUUAAUGGUAUUUAUUAACAGAAAGAAUGCAAUCAUUGCUUUCUUGUCACAACAGGUCUUAUUAAUCAUUACCUACACUAAGUCUUAUAGUUUUAUCUUAAAAACAGAACUCAGUUUGCUGACAAAACGCAUAAAGAACACUUUCCCUACAAUCUUCAUGGACAAGUUGCUGUUAUUAUUAUUAUUUGAAUUCUGAUAACAUUUUCAAGUUUAGAAAUAACUUCUUGGAAAAAGUUACAGAAAUAUCUGACUACCACCAGCUCAAAAGGGUGGUUUCUCACUUCUCUGCAAGACAAAGUCAUCCUAGGAAGAACUGCACCUGAAUCCACAGGAAAUUCUCCACAGCCAGAGCCUUGACAGGUAGAUUAUGGAUUGCUGGAAGGGAGCCGUAAGCCACAGCUGGAUUUAUCCCACAGUGAUCAUCUGUGCAAAUGGAUUUUUCACCACAAUGAGGCCAUCAGAAUCUUUUCUCACCCCCUAUCUAACAGGACCAGACAAAAACCUAACAGCUGAAGAGGUUACCAACCAGAUUUUUCCAGUCUGGACAUACUCCUACCUGGCUCUCCUUUUCCCAGUGUUCCUGCUCACAGACUACGUGCGUUACAAGCCCGUCCUCCUCCUGCAGGGCCUCAGCCUCAUCGUCACGUGGCUGCUGCUGCUCUUUGCACAUGGAGUGGUGGCCAUGCAGCUGGUGGAAUUCUUCUACGGCAUGGUCACAGCCACCGAGGUGGCCUAUUACGCCUACAUCUACAGCGUGGUCAGCAGCCAACACUACCAGAGGGUCACCAGCUACUGCAGGAGCGUCACUCUGGUGGCAGCCACCGUGGCCGCCGUGCUGGGACAGCUGCUGGUGUCCUUAGCAGGCGUCUCCUACUUCCACCUCAACGCCAUCAGCUUGGCUUCCGUGUCCUUGGCGUUCGUGUGCGCGCUCUUCCUGCCCAUGCCCCGGAGGAGCAUGUUCUUCCACAGGAAAGAUGCCCCUGAGCCUGUGCCAGGGCCUGGCAAAGGGCUGGCCGUGGGCACUGCCCCCAGGCCCCAGAGCUGCCAAGAGGAAAGGAGCCCUGCUGCUGCUGGGGCCCCGAGCCCCCAGCCCCAGGCCGGCAGUGCCGGGCCCCACAGGCACCUGCUGGGCGUGCUGCUGCAGCUGGGCAGGGACCUGAGGCACUGCUACGGCUCCCGCAAGCUCCUCUGCUGGUCCCUGUGGUGGGCUCUGGCCACGGCCGGCUUCAACCAGGUGGUGAAUUAUGUCCAGGUGCUGUGGGACUUGCGAGCUCCCUCGCACAGCUCCGCAGUGUACAACGGAGCUGUGGAAGCCAUAGCAACCUUUUUGGGUUCAGCGACAUCCAUGGCAGUUGGAUAUGUCAAAGUAAACUGGGAUCUCUCUGGAGAACUGGCUUUGGGAAUUUUCUCUGCACUGGAUAGUGGUUCUCUGCUUCUUAUGCACUUCACUGACAACAUCUGGGCAUGUUAUGCUGGUUACCUUGUAUUUAAAGCUUGCUAUAUGCUUCUUAUAACAAUAGCCACGUUUCAGAUUGCUAUCAACCUCAGCAUGGAGCGUUAUGCUUUGAUGUUUGGCUUCAACAACUUUGUUGCACUGGUGAUUCAGACAAUUUUAACUGUUGUUGUAGUAGAUUCAGGAGGUCUGGGACUGGAUAUCAGCACUCAGUUUCUCAUUUAUGGCAGCUACUUCGCAGUCAUAACUGGAAUUUUCCUGAUCAGAAGCAUGUACACCAUAAUUUCCAUCAAAUGCAGAAAUACAAGUGUGGCUGCUGAAAGCACUGCCCCUUAACAACCAAGACAAAAGCAAUGGUUACAAGCAACAAUGCAGAAGGCUCUGUCAUCUGGACAAGAAAUCAAGAGAAAUGUAACAUUCAAUCAAGGAAAACUGGUCCAGGUUGAAGCAAGCUGUUUAUGAGCCUACUGCACAGAGAGCUUUGUCAAAUGCAGAAUGAUGCAUUUGCUCCAUUUUCUUCACCAAAAGUUUAAUACAAACAUUCCUCAAACAGUCUUCUAAUUCAAGUUUAGUGAUCUGACAUACAAAUUUCUAUUAAGGCUCAGUGAGCACAAGGACAUACAAAUGCCUGAACCUCACACCAGAGGAACUCACAGAAUUCUUGGACUUUGCCUUCUACUGAGUAUUUCAAUUUAAAGCAAUUUAUUCACUGACAGAAGACCAUCAGACAUGCCCAGGCAAUCUAAAGCAGUUGAACCAUACAAUGACUUGUCAGAUAAUUUGUCACAGAAGCCUUUGGAAAACUUCAAGGCUUUUUCAACUGGACAUCACAUCUGCCUUACAGAGCUCAGGAUGGUCCUGCAAGUGUAACAUCUUCUUACACUUGUAACAGCUGAUGUUUAGGACUGAAGUCUAAUUAAGAGGUCUCCAUAUUAACUUCUGUAUAAGGGGCCUAGAGUUAUCAAGUGAAGUGCUUUGAUGCUAAAACACAAAAAUACAGCUUUUAGGCAACUAUGCUAUUUGCAUGAACAAUUAAGGGAAUAACUGCAGAGAUCUCCAUGAUAAAAAACAUUUUAAAUCAGGGGUGAAAAAUUAAUUUUGUAAAUAAAGCUAUUUUAAAACCUAAACAACUAAACACCAAUGGUGCCAGUUAAUGCUCAAUAUACAGAAGAUUCAAAACAAUACAAGAUCUUCAGCUUAUCUGGAAUUGGACAAAUCUAAAAUCCGUGAACACAGACUAAAGAUGUGUGCUUGUGUGUAGUUAAAGUUGCAAACCUUUUAUCUGUCACAAGUCAGUUAUGAAAAAUAAAGACUUCUACAGCAUACAGCAUAUUCUAAACUACAUGCCUUGCAUACUUCAAUCAGUUUCAGUAUCUCAGCAGUAAUAUUUGGAUUAGAAUAACCUCUAUAGAUGCUGAUAUCAUUAGCCCUUGCCCAAAGCCUAAUUCACACCACUGUAAGUGAAGAAGGCACAGAAUUGUUGCUCUUUCAUAACACUUUUCAUCUCAUUGACAAGACAUGUCUUUGAUUCGGUCCAGUUCUCUGCACUAGGCAUUUUUAAGUACUCCACAAGCCCAGCUGAACCCUUGCAGUUCUCCACUCUCUACUGCAUUUACCUCAUACUAUCCAAAACAGCCAAGGCUGGGGAACAGGGAGAGCUACAACUAUUUACACUGUGCUAAAAUACAGUGGUGAGAGUAAGGGUGUUACUAAUACCCUGCAAACCUCCAGUUGCUGGGGAUUUCUUCAGUGAAUUCCUCAGAGAAUGUUGGGAACUGAACUGAACACCACACUGUUGAGCAGUCUCCAUCAGAAACAAAAGAGAGCCUUCAAGCCUGUUUUAAAUAUACCAACAGGACAAAACCAGACAUUUAAGUUCAGAAAACUUGAAGUAUGCUUUAUGAGUUGCCUGUCUCCAGCUUGGUAUCUCCAAAGUUUAAAAAACAAAACCAAAAAGAAAUUACAAUCCCCACAGGCAGGCAACAAAAGUCAAAAGCAUUAGCACAAAUGUUUUUACAAGCAGAGGUCAAACCUUUCAGAUGUCCUAGAAAAAUCUAGCCAACAUUCAGGCAGUCAAUUACAAGUGAAAUGUGUUACCUUGAAGAAUUUUCAUGUUUAUCUCAAAUGGACUCGCAUGUUCUUUUUAAAAAAAGUCAAUCUCACCUUAUUUAUUCCUAUUAUCCUAAAAUCUGUUAGAAUUUUAUUCUCCAGCUGGUCAGAAACCUUUAAGCUUGCAGUUUAUGUAUUCACAAUAUACUUACAUUAUUUGCUUAGUUCCAGUAUUACACUUGAAAUGUAGCCAAAUUUAUGUCUGUUUAAAACACCAACUACUUUGAUGCAGUUAUAUUUUCCUUGAAUCUUAUCACUGUUACAGAGGAAGACAAAGCCAGACAUUUUCCCCCUACAAGUUUCACUGUAGAAUGGCACAAAAUAUUUCUGUAAAUUAAAAAAAUAAAUUUAAUAUUCCACAGGAGCUCUUACUGAUAGGUAUCAGUUUUUAAUAAAGAGAGGGCUGUUACAUCUGUGGUCCCUUGGCCUGCUGUUACACACUCUGUUCAGAGCACAACUAAGGCCUGUCAUUAGUUACCCAUAAUAAGGUGUCCUUUGCUGCAAACCUCCUCUCCAAUAACUACCCUUCCCAGUGCUUCCAGUGUCCUUCAUGACAUACUCUAUGCAAACAAUCCAAACCUCACCUAACACUCUCCUGUGUGACAGGUCACUUCACUUGAGCUAGAACAGUGAGCUUCAUCACAAGGGCAAAAAGAAACAUCCAAGUGAGGAUGUGAAAAUUUUAGGCUUAGCUCACCUUUAAACACACUGCUUUGGACACUUCAUCUGUAUACAAGACACAGUGUGUACAUUUUCAUCCAGUACAUGUUACUGCACAGAAAUAAUGCUACACAGGGGUUUUUUUCUAAUAUUUAUUUUUUCACCUGCAAACUGUAGCAAAACAUGAUCAGCUUUAUUAUGCAGACAGGUAUCCCUCUAACAUUAGAGAUUUAGGCAUGUAUAAAUAGAAGAGCUCUUAGGAAAGGAAAACAUUUUGAGAAAUGAACAAACCUUCAAUUUAACUUCGUGACUUCCAAUACCAAUGGUUAAAAUGAUGCAGCUCAUUCAUUCCAAGAGAUACAACAGCACCUUAAAGUGGCUGAUCUAUUCCCCAGUAACAUUUUCACAUAACAAUGUGUUAAAGUUACAAAUACUGAUAUGCACAAAUAGCUAUUUUCUAAGAAAAAUAUGUACAGUACUGCAGCAUAAUGAGUGUGGUAUCUGCAAUAACUUAUUAGCCAAUUGUAAUACACAUGAUACCGCUACUUUGUACCUGCCACUUCACAGGUUCAAGGAUGUUACCACAGCCCUCUGUUUUGCACGUUAUUACCUCGUGGGGGGUUGCUUUUCUUGCUUUUUGUGUUGGGUGGUGUUUUUUUUUUUCCUUUUUGAAACUUUUUAAAGGUACACAAUGCAGGCUUUUAUUUUUACUUCUUAAAGACUUCUUUUGUGUUUAAAGCUAAUAUCAGUGAAACAAGACAACAGUGCAAGAGGCGCAGAGAUGUUAUGUGACCACAUAAGAGUUCUUUUGGGUAAAGUGUCUAUAAGGCUAUAAGAAAGGAUUGGUUGAUGAGCUUCCUGUUGGAAAUUGUCCUGUUGGUGCACCAGCC